AUGGCAACAACGGACUCUGAGUUGUCAAAUAGUGUAGACCCUAUGAUGGGGAUUGAUGACAUAGAUUCAAACAACAGCUCCGGUUGUAAUGCCAGCACCUUUGUGAGCAUACCAAGUGAUUCUUAUACUGCUUCAAGGUUGCAAAAUUGUACUGUGUAUGAAUUGAACAAAUCAUCUACAGUGAUAUUUCUUGGUAAAAUCCCCGAAAUCUGGCUACUUGAAAAAAAGGCAGCUUUAUUUAUUCAAAUGCUGGGCUCGGAAAAGGAAUGUAGGAACAAAAUGGAAGACAAAGUGAUUAAAGACGGAAAUGAGUCUUGCUUUGUAAAAGCUGACGGCCUCUUUGGGUCAAAAGGUACAAGGAAUUCGUCCCUUGGGAAAAUAAAUGUAGAACUUCAACAAUUGUCAUUCAAAUCUCCUAGGAUAUAUCAACACGCAGUAAUAAGAAACUUUAUCGAUAUUGUCCCUAAUCAUAUAAAAAUAAUGGCAAAGCAACAACUAAAAAGUCACCAUCCUCUAAAAGCUGUAAGUGGUUCCUCGGAAAGCAUCAAUCCAAGUCUAUACCAUAUUUUCUGCCUAGGAAGUAAUGACUAUGAAAAGCCAGAUGGAUCAAGGUUGAAAAAGUUAGUGGAGACCCUCAAAUAUAACUAUGGCUCAAUUACGAAAUAUAAAAGGAUCGGAACCAAAAACUACAGCACAAGACAUGCUAAAAUCAAAUUUCUUCAGAAAGCAGAAGCCGAAAGAAAAAAAAUAGUUUUCAGAAAUGUUCAACUGUUAAUCCUACUUCAACAGAUCAAGCACCUGAAGAAAAACCAUUAUUCAGCAGAAAAUUUUGAGGAUCUGCUGAAGAAACCUUUUUUUCUAAGUUCAAAACAACUUUUAAAAACGAAUAUGUUAGAGAAUACUAACCUAAUAAGUCAUGAUAGGGGGAAAAUGACUAUUUUAUCUAGUGAACUAUCUCUAAAUAAACCUGAAUGUUAUAAUGUGAAUGAUAUACAAAUGCAAGAAAUGCUUGCAGAGCAACGGAAAAAGGCUGUUAAACUACAAAUACCUUCUAAGUGUAGACAUACUAUCAAAUCAGCCAAUGAUGAUGAAACAAAAGAUGAUAACCUUAAAAUCUCGACAACCCUCCUCCAAAGUUACAAGCCAGGUCAAAUCUUGGAAAGUGAAAAAAUGCUUGUUCAAAUAAUUGAUUUCGAUGGUGCUAAGGUAGUAUCUGGGGUUUAUAGGGAAACCAAGAAGAUUCAAAAAUGGAAAGAAUAUACAGUGUUACUUCGGGUCGGCAUUGAUUUAAAUUUCCCUAAAGUAACACAGUUAGAAAUAAAGCAUAAAAAGUUGGAAAGACGUAGAUUAGGAUUAACCUGCGGAGACAAUAGUGACGAAACUAAAAAUAACCUUUUUCCAAGGACAAGAAAAGGUAUAAGAAAACUUCACUAUGACUAUAGUGAAAUGAUGGCCCAUUGUAGCAAGAGCUUUUCUCAUAAUCAGGUCAUUAAAGAAGAUAAAAUAUUUGAACAAAAAAAUGUGCCAGAAUAUGACUCGGAGAUAAAAAAACACUUUGUCACUCGAAAAAUACAAGAGAAACUUUACUAUUGCAUCACCAUUUCUAAAGACAACAUGAGUCUACUUAAGUUUAAUUUUGCUAGUCGAAGUCUUUCUUUUAUCUAUGAACAAAAGGGAAAGAAACGAUUAUUUACACUAUUGUUUACCUCGACAUCAACGGCAAUUAUUUGGCACAGCUUGAUUAAGAAGCUAUUAAGUGUUGAUCAAGCAAUAGAGAAGGACGGUUUCGUUAAUAUAACUAUUCCAUUAUUAGAUAUUUCUUUUUCCAUCAAUAAAUCCGUAAUCAUCGAGUUAAUCAAGGAAAAUAGCAAUAACUCUAAAAUGUUGCAAUUUGAGCUAACCAAAACUGGAUAUAAAUGUUUGAAAAACGAUGCCUUAGAAAAAUUAAUAAAUUUAGUGGAAAAGGCUUUUGCAAAACAUUUUGUAGCUAACAGGUCCGAAAAAUAUGAGAAAACACGUAAUUAUUUCCGACAACUAAUGCUAGAGAGGUCAUCGUUAAAAUUAACUUAUGGAGGUAUCAAUCUUAUGGAGUGGAGCCAACAAAAUCUAAAAUAUAUGUUGCUUGAUUUAACGUUGCUUAAAAAUGGAAAUCUCAAUAUUGAGAUGGAGAACUCACAGCCAUUACAGACAUACAACUCUUUAUUGGAACCGACUCCAGUAGAAGGGUUCUUAAUAAAAUUAUCCAAUCAAAAAGGAAAAAAAAGAAAUUUUUUGGGAAAGCAUUACUUUAAGUUACUUUAUGCUUUCACAAUUAAGAAUAUGCUAUUCUUUCAAUCUUUCAAUACUGCUGUACCUAUUUUCCCAAAUCUAACUAAUUCAGUAAGUUCUUUUAUAACUCCAGAAGGACACAUAGUUAACUUAGAUGCUUUGGAAGAAGCUUGCAUGUUUGAGCCACAAGUAUUUAAAUAUUCUCCCUACCCGGUUACUCAGGACUAUAUUGAAUGGGUUAAACCAGGAAUAGACCAACAAACCUUCAAAAUCCACGAUAGUGCAGCAUUAUUUGAAGCCAAGAGACGUGCUUUUAUGAUAUCGAAAGGUCACACCUCAAUAGAUCUUCUCAACGUUGUUGAGAUAAAUUCAAUUUCAUGUGAUAAACAGAACAACGAAGUUAAAAAGGCCUGCAAUUCAAUCUGGGGACAAUCAGUAAAUGACAUGAACGGGAGGAAAGAAGCACAUUAUAUAAGUUUAGCGAGUAACAAAAGAACAAAAGACACAACAUCUUUUCUUGAAGAGGAAAGAUAUACAACAGCUUACUUUGAUUUAAAAAUGUCUGAUGGGUCAUCAAUAAGUUUUAAUGCUUCUAAUAUCUUAAUAAAAAAUGAAUGGGUAAAAAGAUUAAACAAAAUACGCCACUUUUGGGCUGAUAAAAAAGCAAAGAUGACUUUUAGCACACAAUGGUUGAGUUCUCCGGGUACAAACCACUCUAUGCGCUACUCAUUGAUUCAAAAAGCUGAAAAAAGUUCUUUCUCUAACUCAGAGUCAUUAGAUUUAGUAAACUCAACUUUGUCGAAUGACUAUAUACUAGCUAGAUUGACCAAUACAAAGCAGUUUCAUCAGUGUUUUGCUGUGAUAAACUUAAAUAGCUUUACCUUAUACAAGGUUUUCAACAGAUCAAAAACUAAAGGAAAAGUAAAAACUCCUAGUUACUUCAAAAAGUAUGUUCAAAUUUCCCUAAAAGGUUGUUAUGUGUUCCCGAAUACUGGUGUUUCAUGCUAUGAAAAGACUGAUUUGGAUUUCCUAUCAAAGGAAAAAGGGUUAUCUAGAGUUUAUGGCGAUGGAUUUAUAAGUUCUGAUCCUUUGUAUGAUUGCCUAUUAACUUUAUGGUAUGGAACCAAAAACAAAUUGCACAAAAACAAAAGGAGAGUAAAGAACUAUCAUUUGAAUAAACUACACGAUCCAACAGCAGAUAAUCGUAAUAUAAACUGCAGCGUCCCUCUGGAGGAAGUAAAACAUAAUAUUAGGGAAUUGAACUUUAGUGGAAGUUCUUCUGAACUUACAGAUUCGGAAGAUGAUAUUAAUAUACCUAGCGAAGAGUCAGACGCCAUGAUUGAAUUUGAAAGUGAAACUAACAAAUGUGAUUACUAUGAAACAAUACCCCUAAAACACGCGAACAAGUUUCAGUCAACGAAACUAUCCCACAGCUUUGGCACUAGAGAAAGGUCUUUGAAGUUACUAGCUAGGUCUAAAGCAGAACGAGAUCUGUGGAUUGCAAAACUUAACUCAGAAAUUGAUAAUCUUUCAACGGUAAGCAGCAUCAAUAGCUGGCGUAUAUAA